UGAUACAUAGCAUCUAAAACCACGAAGGAGGAGUGCUGGCACUGACCUGAAGCUCUGAGGAAUUUGAGCAAUCCCAUCACAUACAGACCAGCAGUAGCAGAAUGGAGACGCACAUUUGGAUUCUCUUCAUGUGGGCAUCUCUUUCAGAGGCCUUCAACAUCGACACUGAACAUCCACUGAGAUUUAACGGCACACCGGAAGAUUUCUUUGGUUACAGCGUUUAUCAGACUGAGUUUGGAAACAGGAAGCAGAUCAUUGUUGGAGCUCCAUUGGAAGGAAACUCAACAGGGGAGAUGUACAGCUGCACAGCAGAUCUGCAGUCCUGCAAACGGCUGCAGCGGCCAGGUUCAGAGAGCGUCCGCUUCUUCGGCAUGUCUGCUGCUGUGUCUUCUGCUGCUCUCACUAGCUGCAGUCCGUAUGUUCCUCAUGAGUGUGAUGGAAACUCGUAUCUGAACAGUGUUUGCUAUCAGUUCAACAGCAGCUUACAGAUCGUCUCUAACUUCACUGCCGCUUACCAAGAAUGCACCAAUAGAGAAGUCAAUCUGGUGUUUCUCUUUGAUGGAUCCAGCAGUAUGAGACCACACGAGUUUGAAAUUAACAAAAAAAUAAUUCAAGAAGUUAUGAAAAAACUUUCUAACUCAUCCAUAAAGUUUGCUGCUGUUCAGUUUUCAGGAGAUGUACGAACUGUGUUUGACUUCAACGAUUAUCAGAACGGCUCCGCUGAAGAGAAACUCAUGAGAGAGAAACACAUGAAAUCUCUCUCAAACAUGUAUAAAGCAAUCAACUACAUUCUAAAGAAUCUGCUGAAUAGCGUGUCGUCUGGAGCCGACCCCUACGCUCAGAAAGUUCUGGUGAUCAUCACAGAUGGAGAUCCCACUGAUAACGAUUCUGAUUAUGAUUAUGUCCUCAAGAGAUGUGAUGAGCAGGAUAUCCUCCGUUACGUCAUCGGGGUGGGAAAUUUUGAUUUAACUGAAAUCUCUCAGAUGGCAUCAGAACCAAAGCAGAACAACACCUUAUUCACUCAAAACUACAGUGUGCUCAAAGGACUUCUUGACAACCUGCAAGAAAAGAUCCACAAUAUUGAAGAAGCUCACAGAAGAAGUAGACAGAGAGAUUUAUCACAGAGUGGAUUCAGUGUCGUCUACCAGGAGGACUCUGUGAUCAUGGGUUCGGUCGGAUUGAAUGACUGGCAUGGAGCUCUGUAUGAAGUGAUGGGAUCAGGAUCUGAAUUCAGACAGACAGAGAUCCUUGGUCCAGCUUUAAAUAAAGACUCAUACAUGGGUUUCUCUACUGUGCUGGGAAUGAGACGCGGCGUCUCUCUUCUGUUCUCUGGAGCACCGCGGGCUGAACACCGGGGUCUUGUGACCCUCUUCACCAAGAAUGAAAGCACAUGGACAGUGACGAGCAACAUCAAUGGAGAACAAAUUGGCUCAUAUUUCGGAGCGUCUCUGAGUCUGUUGGAUGUGGACUCGGAUGGAGACUCAGAUUUCCUGCUGGUUGGAGCUCCAUUAUUUUACCAGUCUCAGCCAAAGGCUGAAGGGAGGCUGUACGUCUACACUUUAUCAGAGCAGAAGUAUUUUCAGAAGACACUGAAUGUGAGCCAGUCAAGCACAGGUAGAUUUGCUACAUCUGUGGCUUCACUAAGGGACCUGAAUGGAGACAGUCUGUCAGAUGUGGCAGUCGGGGCGCCGCUGGAGAAUGAAGGUGUUGUCUACAUAUACCUGGGUGAUGGGACGCAUGGCAUAAACCCUGAACACACUCCUCAGCGGAUCCCAGCACGGUCAGUUCUGCCCGGUCUGCAGCAAUUUGGAGUGUCUCUGUCCGGUCAGAUGGACAUGAAUGAUGAUAAUCUGACAGAUAUCGUGAUCGGAGCACAAGGAGGGAUCGUCCUGCUCAAGGCUCGGCCUGUGAUGUCUGUAUCUGCGCAGCUCAGUUUGAGUCCAAAGGAAAUUAGUCGGAACAACUUUGAAUGUCCGGGUGACAACACAUUUAAUGCAUUUAAUCUCACAUCAUGUUUUACGGUGACCGAAAGAACCAACAGCAAAGGAUCUCUGGAGAAGAAUCUGAAUGUUUCUCUGAAUCUGAAUGUGGAUGUGGAUGUGGCACGAGGAAUGAGUCGAGGAUUCUUUGAUCCAAUGGAUUCGUCGUCCAGUUCUCUGCAGCAGUUUGUUCUGCUGGGUUCUGGCUUCUCCUGUUUCAGCUUCUCCAUCUUCAUGCUGCGCUGUGUUGCAGACACAGUAUCUCCUCUGAAGAUACGAAUGAUUUUCUCACAAACUGAGAAGUUGUCUGGAAACUCUGUGGCUGUUCUUGAUGUCCACAGCAGGAGGGAGGAGUAAGUUGAGGUGAGCCGAUUUAAAAACUAAAUAUACACAUCAAAAAUGUGUACUUAAUAAAAUUGAUCUGUUAAAAACUACAGAGACACUAGUUCAUGGGUUCAGUGAGAUCAAUGCCCCUUCAGUGGCGAAACCUUGAAAACUUGACAAGCUGAGAAACUACUA